AUGUCAUCAUGUACCUGGGAGCCUGCCCUCCAUCUAUCUAAUUAUAAAGAGCUUGUCAAGAAAGAUGAAUUAUUACCGCAACAACAUAAUUUUUCAGUUCAUGCCAAAAUGUAAAGAAAGCUUAAAAAAGAUGAAGUUGAUAUAGGUCCUUUAGAACAAGACAUGCUUUUUAGCUGACCUCCAAUAUUUAAAACACCUUGUUUUUUUAUUAUAAGAAUAGUAAACAUAAGCUGAAAAAUUUAGUUGAUUUGUUAAGAUCGUUUUAAACGAAUUUUUUUUGUCUAAUAAAUCUGUUUUCUGAAUCUCUUCUAGACUUUAUCAAAAGCCUCCACAGCCCUCAGAAAGAGAAAUUGCUUCAACAUUUAUAGGCUUUUAUCUGGCAGUCAAGUCACCUUUAAAAUCAAAUGCUGUCAAAGUGCAGCACGCUUGCAAAGUUAACAUAGGCAGAGCAUGAUGUCUAUCGAUAUUUUUUAACUGCAAAGGAAUAUCGUCAAGGGAUUCUAAAUACACCAUGCUCAGCUUAA